UGCCGCAGCCAAACUCAUAAACCGACCAGUCCAUCACCCACCAUCGACUCCUUCCUUCUUUUCAAAUCCAACCGGAUUUUUUUACUUCUUCUCCUCAAAACUCCUCAAAACUUCCCACCAGGGUCACGACCCGGUCACCCCCCUCCCCCCAGGGCUCUCGUCUGUCUGGGUGUGGUUUCUGAGGCGCCGAUAAGCCCCCUUCACAAUCCUGACCAGACGAAGGCGGGGAAGAAGCGAGGUGGUUUGUAGCGGUGACUGAGUAAGAAUGAGAUCUGAUUAAUUCAAGGGAAACUGAAUCGUAACAUUUUGAUAUCUUCAACAUGGACCAACUUCCUGACUCGACGGUGGAUAAUGACCCUGUUUCUCCUGGAGAUUCUCCAGAGGAGGGUCGUGUCGCACCAAAGCUGUUUUUGAAAGCUCUGCCCGGUGGAACGUUUCAAUCAUCGCCAUGUUCCAGUCAUACGAUUGCUUCGUCGACAUCGUCCUCGGCGGCGGGGGCGGUAGGAGGGUCGGCAUCGUCUUCUUCUACAGGUAGUAGUAAACCACCUCCUCUCGUUUCAAGGCCGUCUCCCUCGAAAUCUUCUCCAAUUGUGUCGACAACAACAUCUAUCGGAAGUGGAAAUCCUGCUGCUGCAGCGACAACGUCCGCGUAUCUGCCGAGGGCUCGAUUCCUUAACAUGGGGAAUAGAAACUUUAUCAAACCAAACAAGAAGACUUUGCCAGGUUUGACACCAAUCAGUUCUAUGAACAGUGCACCCGGUCCGUCAUCAUCAUCAUCUUCACCACUUGUGGGUAGAUCGGAUGUAAAGAUUUACACUGCCUCAUCCUCCGAAGGUGUGCCUAUGCCGACAGCAAAAAUUAUCAAAACGUCGAGCACCACGGCGGGUGAGUCCAGCAGAGGCAAGAUGGUUAGCACUAAUCAACCUCCUGUACCAAAAGUUCGUCUUCAACUGACCCAUCCCUCACCCAGUACGGAACCACAAUCAAAAGACUCGGCAUCACCAUCUGUAAAAUUGACUACGAAACCUCUCAUCAUUCCACGCUCGGCAAUUUUGCCAGAAUCGGUUAAAUUCCCGAAAGUUUCAAAGGAAAAUCCUCCCAAAGUUAUAAGUGUCCGUAGCGAAAAUUUUCAUUUUUUCCAAACUCCGAUCAUCAUUACUCCCUCCAUGUUAUCGAAUGAGGAUGAAGAUGAGGAUGACGCCAAUCCUCGAGAAACCAGCCUCCCUUCAAGCACUACGACCGAUUCAAACGUGAGCAGCAGUGGGGGGCAUAAAGCUGUCCCCACUUUCAAACUGCCACCUCGGGUUAAGCCUACAAUGUCGGAGGGAGCGGGAAACAACGCGGCCACCUCGUCCGCUUCCGAACCUGGAGAUCGGCUCAAAACCAUGCUGGACAAUCUACUGAGCAACAGCUCUCUCUCUAUUCCGGGCGGAAUUUCCAUCUCGCCAGUAAUGUCACCAUCUCAACAUUUGCAACAAGGACGACCAACUGCGUUUAUACGAAAGAAAGGUCCACCUGGUCCCCCACUUCCAGGCCAUCCACAAUUUGGGAAAGUUGACAAGCGAGGAGAAAGUGGAGGCGUUGUCCGUCCCAUAAAAAUUCCAACGAGCAGAUUUCCCUCCAAGGCUGCUCUACAAGCCCAAAUUAAACGCGGAUUUGAAUCGGCAGCUAUGUCUGUGCAAGGAAUUGGAGAAAAGGGGCCCUACUUGGGAGGACAGGUGGCCGCGACCAUGAGCACCACGCCACGUGCUGUAGUCCCCAGCGCUGCAGCAGGAUCUUCUUCUUCGAAUGGUGGUGACCAACCAGAAGCCAAAAGGUUUAAGCGAGGACCGCUUCCUACUCCUCCGGGGGGUGAAAGUUCAAGUCUAUCGGAAGAAAUGGCCAAGUAUGAUGCCAAAUAUGACCUCAAGAUCCCCAAAGUUGUUAUCACUAAUCAGUCAGUACGAAUAGUAAGAAGAAAAGAAGAUUCAGGUGAUGAAGAAGAUGAAGAUGACGAUGGUGAUGAUGACGGCGAUGAUACUGAAGGAAACCAAGAAUCGCCACGACCAUCCAAACCAGACACAACUGGUGAAGGUGACACGGAUGACAAACUUGGAGACGGAACUCCUGAUGGAGAUGGAUCUGCACGACGGACUGGUCGCCGACGAAAACCAACAAAACAUUUUAUGACUGAUUUCGUUCCCACGAGGCGUCGCAGGGUAGAAAUGAUGGGCGAUGAUGCCACCACGCCAGGAGGAGGAGGAGGAGGUGAAGACGCGGCGAUAACCUCGUCAGAUGGACCCGUUGUCAGGACUCGGGGGCGACCGAGGGGGUCAGGAAGAGGACGUGGUCGUCCACGUGGGUCCACUCUUAAAGCAAAAUUAGAACGUGAGGCCAUGAAUUUUUUGCAAAGCGUGGACAACGCUUCUUCGUCGGCUCAGUUUGCAAAUCAGUUACCCGACUCGUCACCACCACCACGCGGUAGUGAAAAUGAAGAUGAUGGUAAGGGUGGUCAGGACAUGACCACACCGGGAAGUUUUUCGCCACAACCUUCACUCUCUGGUUCUGGAUCUUCAACUACUACACCGACCAAAACCCGAGGACGCGGACGUGGGCGAGGAACUGGUGGAUCAGCGGGACGUGGAACGCCAUUAACACCGCGAGGGGCACGGCGUGGUGGACGUGGGUCUAGAGGCCCGAGGGGUGCAGCACGAAAUAUUUUACUUGCGACACGUAGAGCUCUCAAAAUGAGUGAGACCGAGGUGAAAGUGGAGGCAGAGUCGAAGCUGGACGCAUUUGAGGAUGAGACACGCAUGGGAGGCGCGGAUGAUGCUGCUGUUGAUGUGACUACUCUUGAGACGGGAGGAGGAGAUAGUGUGGCAGCAGCAACAGUAUCAUCGUCUGGUGCUAUUGAUGACCAACCUAGCACACCAGUCUUGGUAACAUCCUCUGGAAUUUGCGGGAUGGAUGAAGAGGUCAGCAAUCUUAGCUCGACGAGCCAAUCUGCAAGUGCGAGCGUGACAAAAAAGAAAUUUUCAAAGGACUUUAUUGAUGAGAGAAAACCAGUCACUGUUGAGACUCUGUUUGAAUACAAGUGGCCUCAAGAGACUCCCGACGGCGAGUACUUUUUCCUUCAGGAGCAAAUCAUUGAAUUCUUGGGACAUAAAUCUUUCCGCCGCAAGUAUCCAAACCUGCGCCGUCGCCCCGUUGAAAUGGUUGAGCGCGACUUCCUCCGUGAGAAGAAAAUCGUAUCAGAAACUCAGUGCGACCUCGGUCUCACAGCCAUUAACAGCUCAGAAGUGCUGGACAUUUUAUACAACGACUUUCCCAAAAAGUACGAAGAAUAUCGAAAGUUUGAGGAGGAACGGAGGGAAAAGGAGCUCACCAAGAAUCAGGCAUCCACAACGGCCAACUCCACGACGACGACUAGAGAUCGGUCGGCAGAAUUUAUGAAUCGAAUUACCAAAUCGUGUGCAAAGUGGAACGCAAUGAUGAAUGCACAACGGAAUGAGAACAGGACUCAAUCCUACGACCUCCAAACAAUGACGCUGAACGUUCGACAAGGGAAGAUGAAAGUGGUGCGGCCUGAGGCUACCAAGUUGGGCUAUUACCCUGUGCCUGUAUUGCCGGGGCAGUAUUGCGAUAAUUACAAGAGCUAUACACCCGUCGAGUUGAAAUACCUCCCCUUGAACACGGUGAUUUACGGUCCUAUUCAAGAGAACAGGACUACGGAUGAGGUCUCUGAGGAUGGUGCCUCUGACUCAAAUGGCUCCUCUUCCUCGGGCGAUGACUCCUCAUCAAGCAGCAGUGAGGACGAAGGAAGUGACACCGAAGUUAACAAAACCAUCUCUGACUCCAUCCCCGUCCUCAAUGAGAAAGAUACUCAAGGAACUUGCAAAUCUUGCAAUGGCACCUACGCCAAGAAUAAAUUGGGACGAAACGAGAUUCUUAUUCACUGUGCUAAAUGUGACUCUGCCAAUCACCCAACCUGCUUGGAGUUGACGCUCGACAUGUUACCAUACAUUCGUAAGUACGACUGGCAAUGCACCGAUUGUAAGAACUGCAUCGAGUGUAACGACCCAGCCGAUGAAGACAAAAUGCUCUUCUGUGAUUGUUGUGAUCGAGGGUAUCACAUUUACUGUGUCGGACUUCGCCGAGUUCCAACUGGCCGGUGGCACUGCGUUACGUGCAGCGUUUGCCACUCGUGCGGGGUGAAUGAGCCAUCGGCGGAUGAUCGAGCAGCGGAAUGGCAGCAUGAAUACAAAAAGGGUGAGAAGGGUUCUCGUUACUAUCUCCACUCUCUCUGCGUCCCCUGCCACAAGAUCUACAAGAAGGGCCAGUUCUGUCCCAACUGCUUAAAAUGCCAUUUGAAACUGGACGACAAAAAUUUGAUGGAGUGUCGCAGCUGCGAUAAAUGGGUGCACAAACACUGUGUUAAGAAACCAUUACAAACAAAGUUUGGAUUUCUCUGCGAUUCCUGUGAAACUUCGAAUUUCACUAUGAGGACAAAACUUCCUCCAACAAAUAGGCGAAAUUAAGGAUAAGAAUACUACAUACAUAUUUUAAUAUUAUAAAAUUUAACUUAAGUAAUUUAAGGAUGGCACAAAAAUGGACAAGAAUUUGUUUUGGUAUGACGUUUAUUGAAUUAAUUGACUAUUGUUCGUCAUUCCCCUCUCUCUCUUAUUAUUUUACUUUACAUUUUUUUUGUAAUUGUUACUGUUACGACGACCAGUAUAAACCAUUCAGUCAUGUUGUAUUGGAUAUAAAUAUUUUUAUGUCACUAAAUUUAUACUACGAGAUAUGUACUACACUGCUGCUUAAUUACCACUGAUGACUUGUUAAUGACUUAAGUCGAAAAUAUCAUAGGUUAACAAAACUAAAGUAUUUCCGAGUAUUUUGUCUAGUUUGGGCUCAGCUAUCCAAUUUCUACUCUAACACCUACAACCUUUCCUAAUCGGUUUCUUUUAUUUCCUUGAAUUAAAACAUGUAGCUUCAUUAAUUUCUUACAAACAAUUUAAUGAAAGGAAGUUAAAUUUAUGUAAUUUAUUAACAUUUUCUGAACAUUGUACACUUUUCUAGUUUACUUAAACAAUAAUUUAAUAGAUCUGUCGAUGUCCUUGUUGCAUCUACUCUGUUUGUUGGUAGUCAUUUACAUACAGAAUCAUAAACAUUAACUAAUUAAGUAUUUAGUAAAUAUAUUUUACGUACUCCCUUAUUCGUUAGUAGCAAAACUGGCACACAUGAUUUUCCUUUAUUUAAAGUUAUUAAUUGUUGUUAUCGUAAAUUAUAAUUUAUGAUGGUGGUUAUAAUUUGAUAAAUGUUUCAUGUUUGAUCUGA